AUAACAGUACUUACUAUCGAGAAUCGGCAUUUGUGCUAAAGUUUUACUGUAACCGUAAGCGGUGUCACUUGUAUAGUUGUAUGUAGUAUAAUUCCGAUGUGAACUCGGAAAGAAAACCAUAAAUUGGGGGUUAGGGUUUGCGUCAAUUUCAUCUCAGACUUAGAUUAAACAGUCGAAUAUGGAGUUAACCAAGUCCAAAAUUCCGAUUAAUCCAGCUUCAACUAGUAACGAUGAUCUUCGACCUUCAAGCUCUGAAUCCGACUUUGGAUUUGCCUUCAAUGACAGCAAUUUCUCCGACCGAAUUUUGAAGGUUGAGAUUGUUCCUGAUUUGCCAGACAUCAAAUCUGACGCUGAUGGUUGCACCACCAUAGCUGAUUGGGCGAAGAAUCGUAAGCGUAGAAGAGAGGAUAUCAAGAAGGAUCAUGGCGCGGAUGUUAUUCUUCAGCCUGAUGACCAGAUUCUGAACGGCAGUAUGCCGGACUCUGAUGGUGUUGCCUAUGAAAGUCUAGAUGGGGAAGCUGUUGCUAUGAUUGAAGAGUCACCGUCUAUUGAUGACUUUGUAGGUGAUGAAACUCUCCAGAAUAUCGAUAUUUCAUUAAGAAUGGAUUGUUCUGCUGUUCUCCAAGUGAAGACUAUUCACAUUAGUUCUCCAAUAUUAGCUGCUAAGAGUCCCUUUUUUUACAAGUUAUUUUCAAAUGGGAUGAGGGAAUCUGAACAGCGACAUGUGACUUUGCGAAUCCAUGCCUCUGAAGAAGCUGCGCUCAUGGAUCUCCUGAAUUUUAUGUACAGCAAUACAUUGCAAACGAACACGCCUGCUGGUUUACUUGAUGUGCUGAUGGCUGCCGACAAAUUUGAAGUUGCUUCAUGCAUGAGAUACUGCAGUCGCAUGUUGCGGAAUUUUACUAUGACUUCUGAAUCAGCUUUGCUAUACUUGGAUCUUCCCUCGAGUGUCUUGAUGGCUGAUGCUGUAAAAUCAUUGACAGAUGCAGCCAAGGAGUUCCUUGCUUUAAAGUUCAAGGACAUGUCUAAAUUUCAUGAUGAGGUGAUGAAACUUCCUCUUGCUGGAGUUGAGGCAGUGUUGUCUAGUGAUGAUCUCCAAAUUGCUUCAGAAGAUGCAGUUUAUGAUUUUGCUGUGAAGUGGACUAGGAAUCAUUACUCGAAGUUGGAGGAGCGACGAAACGUACUUGGCACUCGACUGUGCCGACUGAUUCGUUUUCCGCACAUGACUUGUAGGAAGCUAAGGAAGGUGAUGACUUGCAAUGAUCUAGACCCAGAACUCUCUUUAAAGCUGGUAUCAGAAGCACUUUUCUUCAAGGCCGAGCCGCCUUAUCGUCAGCGAGCCCUGCUUGGAGAUGAGACUAAUACCAUGGGUCAUCGUUAUAUGGAACGGGCUUACAAAUACCGCCCCGUUAAGGUGAUAGAGUUCGAAUUACCAAGACCGCAGUGUAUCGUUUACUUGGAUCUGAAAAAAGAGGAAUGCCAAAAUUUGUUCCCAUCAGGCCGGGUUUAUUCCCAGGCUUUCCAUCUGGGUGGGCAGGGCUUUUUCCUUUCAGCCCACUGUAAUAUGGAUCAACAGAGCUCCUUCCAUUGCUUUGGGCUGUUCUUGGGAAUGCAGGAAAAGGGUUCUGUAUCAUUUGCUGUGGAUUAUGAAUUUUCUGCAAGGCAAAGCCCAGCUGAUGAGUUUAUUACCAAAUAUAGAGGUAACUACACUUUUAUGGGAGGGAAGGCAGUUGGGUACAGAAACUUGUUUGGCACACCAUGGACUUCAUUUAUGGCGGACGAUAGCCUAUUCUUUAUCAAUGGUGUAUUGCAUCUCAAAGCCGAGCUGACGAUUAAGUAAUAGUCUUUGGAUGUAAGUUUCUUUUUUUUCGUUUUUUUUUUUAGGUUCUGAAUUUUUUCAGUAGCUGAUAGCCUGAUACCCUUAUUAAGUGGUAAAAUGUCUCUCAUCUGAUGUUACCUGAAAAGCCAAGAACCCUAAGUUAGUGUAAAUAAGAGUGCAGUCCGUACUUGUUUAUCA